AUGGAACCUGCCCCGGGGACCGACGGGAAGGAGACGUCAUCGGAUAGCUGGUAUCUGAAAGGAGUGGUGCACCUCUGCGAGAGGGGCAUGACGACAGUCCCCGCCAAGUACGUGUUCCCCGCCUCGGACCGGUCGGAUGGAGGCGGAGCCGCCGGCCCCAACAUGGAGCUGUCCAUCAUCGACCUCUCCGACCUCCACACUCCGAAUAGAACCGCCGUCCUCCGAUCACUGGGAAAGGCCUGCGAAGAGUACGGCUUCUUCCAGGUACCUAUUUCUACCCGGACAUGGCUGCACGAGUCUACUAAGGCAUACGGGCUUCUCCUAGACGCUCACUCUGGGAGAUACUUCCCGCAGGUGAUCAAUCACGGGGUCUCCGAAGAGGUCAUACGGGAUAUGGUCGAUGUGAGCAAGCGGUUCUUCGACCUCCCGUUCGAGGAGCGAUCCCGGUAUAUGUCGUCGGAUUUAAAUGCUCCCGUGAGAUGUGGGACUAGCUUCAACCAGAACACGGACAGAGUCUUCUGCUGGAGGGAUUUUCUGAAGCUGACCUACCAUCCCCUGCCUCUCGUGCUCCCCCAUUGGCCUACCUCUCCCACGGAUCUGAGGUGAGGAUGCCACUAGCCUCCAUCAUCUUGCACCGAACGCCUCCUAGGACUAUCCGGGCAAUCUCGGGUCUCCCCUGCGAUAUCUCCGCGCAGACCACUACUGUUAUAGAUAGAUAGGGGGGAGCGCAGUCGAGUAAUCCGAAGUUUGGGUAUCGGAAGGCGAGUCGGAGACGGAAUCCGACUGGAUGCCGCAGAACUGGUCACCGAACGGGGAGACAGACACGAGUAAGCCCGGUGACACAGAUCGGGCGGACGGACCCACCAGGGAAUCCGUCUCGUGCUUGGGCUUCCCACCUUGAAUUCACGGGGAACCCGCCGCCAAGAGGGCCAGAACGAUCCUCCCUCCUCAUCUCUACCGUUUCUUUGACCUCUAUCUCUCUCUCUUUCCCUCCCUCUCUCUGUUUUCCUGCAGGGAGGGGGCCUUGUCGUAUGGCCGGCAUAUCAGAAGCCUGUUUCUGGAGCUGGUUGCCGCCGUUCUUGAGGCCCUGGGAUUGGACAGCGAGGCUGCCGACGGUGUCAUGGAGGAGUUAAAGGACGGAACCCAGGUGAUGGUGGCGAACUUCUUCCCGCCAUGCCCCGAACCCAACCGCACCCUGGGGAUGCCCCCUCACUCAGACUUCGGCUUCCUCACUCUCCUUCACCAGGACGGCGUCAGGGGUCUCCAGAUCCAACACCAGGGUCAUUGGCUGACCGUCGAACCCCUCGCCGGUGCUCUCGUCGUCAACGUCGGCGACCAUCUCGAGGUGGCCUCCCACUCCCUUCUCAGACUUCUUUCCACCUUUCUCGAGUCCUUUUCUUUUUUUUCUUUUUCUAUACACCGUAGAUAAUCAUAAGGUAGUUCGCUCAAGGUAGCCGCGCCGUCAUUAAACUCGAGGCCCGCGCAUGCACGGGAGAUUUUAUCGGGGUGACGUUGUCAGCCUGUCACCCGAUUGGACUGCUCAUCGAUCCAACCAUGCCUUAGAAUAAAAUAAUAACACAUAUAAAUUACCUAGAUGGGCUCCAGCGAAUCCGGCUUAGCCGCCACCAUCUGCCUUCUUCCAACCUUCUCGAUGCCUGUGGUCACCGAGGCCCGGGCGGGCGCCGACCAAGAGAAAAAGACGGGGCUCGGGUAUCUAGUGGAUCAGUCGUUAACAAUGAGCACAGCCAAAAUCUCUCGAAUAGAUUUUCUGUCGCACUCUCUGAUUUCUAACUGGGUCGUGGCGGUUCGUAUGGUUCAGAUAUUCAGCAACGGCAGGUAUCGCAGCGUGCUGCACCGGGUCCUCGUCAACCCCUCCGUGGUGCGCAUGUCCGUGGCCUCCAUCCACAGUUUCCCCGCCGGCGCUGUCGUCCGCCCGGCGCCGCAGGUCAUCAACGAGGCGAACCCCCGACGGUAUAAAGACACAGACUUUGCCACCUUCCUCAAUCACCUCUUUACCCGCGAGAGCAAGGACAAGAACUUCGUCAAGUCCCGGGUGCUGCUCGGCCCCGAGAACCAAGAGGAGGGCUAA